AAGAAAAAGAAUGAGAAGAAGAAGAAGAAGAAGAAGAAGAAGAAGAAGAAGAAGAAGAAGAAGAGAUAGGGUAGAAGUAAAACGUUCCCUUCAAACAGCAGCAGCAGCUCAGUUCCUGCUCUGGUCAGCAGUGGGCAGUGUCUCUGGUCUCUGUUUGGACUUGCUGCACAUCUGGACAACAGCAGCUGCUGUGAAAACACCACAGGGUGGUCCUACCUGUGGCCCCAGACCCUGAGGGCCCUCAGAGGCAUCAACAGGGACCAGAUCUGAGUGUUUGUCAGCUGCUCCGAUAUUUGAACUAAAAACAAGAGGAAAUAACCAACCUGUUCUGAGGCAUUCAGAAACAGGAAUAAAGAAAGUGGAAUACUGAACACUAGACAGCAGAGACACAUAGAGCCUGUGGCAAGGUAUACAGACCAUCACAGACCACAAACCCUCACCACGGGUCUGUGCCAAUGUGAAGAGGACAAUCUCCAUCAUCAACACCCGCAAGACUGCAGGUUUAGACAGCAUUCCUGCUCCUCUUUGCAGAGGAGUUCAAGAAGUCUUCACAGACAUCUUUAACACUUCCCUGAGCCAGGCUGUUCUUCCAGAACACUUCAAAAUCACCAUCAUGUACUCACAUAUGGCAGAAUGAAACAGCUCUAAUCUUGAAAUGUGACAUUAACGCAGAUCACAAACAUAAUACUUUGUAAAUACUAAAUACUUUCAAGGUUUGAUUCAAAGUUUAAUUUUGUCACUCUCACUCGAAAGGGUUAACCCCCCCCCACCCCUCUCUCCUGCCCUCUCUGUAACUGAACACCCUCACUCUCACCUGACCCCGCCCCCACCCCCCUGAUCAACCCCACUGCAGCAGCGCGCGCUCUCUGGGAACUUCCUUCAGUUUGUUCCGGAGCCGAGCGGGACGCACCAGGUCCGGAACCGGCUACACGGGGUCAGCUCAGGCCACAGAGACUCAAACUGCAGGAGCCUAUCGGAUCUUUACGCACCGCGUACGCGACUCCGGGCUCUGCCGGAUCCGCGAGGACCCGAGGUGACCGUGAGCCCAUCUGAUGGCACGGACUGCCUGAUAGACUCACUAGAACCCGGUCUGACCAUGGACCCCCCUCUGCUGACCCUCUUCUUCCUCCUCCUCCUCCUCCUCAUGAUGAUGAUGAAGGUGAGCGGAGCCGCUGUGAGGCCUCAGGUCUGUGAACUCCCCGUGUGUGUGUGUGUGUGUGUGUGUGAGAGAGAGAGAGAGAGAGAGCAUGAGAGCGUUGAUUUCUGAUUGGCUGAGGGCUGUGGAUGGUAAUAAUGACAGGCAGAAGCUUAUGAAAAUGUCUUUUCUUUAUUUUUUAACUCUGUGAAACUCUUCAGUCAUAGACUGGAUUGGCAUAUCUGUUUUUUACAUGUCAUGUUAAGAUGUUCACUUUAAGCUCUUAAAUGCUGAAUUCAAGGACGCAUGUAUAACAGGGUCAGAUGUGUUUUAAGAACUCAGCUCACCUCAGCUGACUCUCAGCCUGCAGACUGAUCAGGAUGUUCUGAACUCACAGAACACACACAUGGAGAAAACACUUGGGCCAGAAGUUAUUUAACCCUCUUUAGACUCAGAGCAGGUCCUCCUGCAGAGAUGAACUCAGACUCUGUUUCUAACUCCCGAUUAGAAUCAGCUGAUCUGAACACAUUAGCAUUCAGGCUGAUAGUGCACUCAUACACACAAGUGUACACACACACAAAACACAUUAAAGACCCAUUCCGAUGAAAAUCAUGUUUUUCUGUCUGUAUUUUCAUAUGGAGUUUUUCUAAUGCCUGAGGGCAUAUCAAAAGAAAACUAAGUGCAAAAAUUGCAUUUCUAAGUAUUUCUGCAUUUAAAUUCCUGUGAAACUCUGACUGAUUCAAACAGCAGGUUCAGACAUAGGGCUUUAUUUCAGGGCCUGCCGGCUGCGCGGUGGAGGGUGGCGCACCCCGCACAGUGGUAUUUUCACCUGGCAGAGCCCAGCGCACAGCCAGUUUGGUAUUUUGGUAGACUGAGGUGCAGCAAGGUCCGCCAAGCUGGGCGUGGUAGGGGUAGGUAGUGACAGAAUCAGCUGGCGCAGUGACAUUUUUGUGCCCGCUGGUGGUGUGGAAAGUGCGCUGAACGCUCGCUGAUUCAAACCUGGUCAGCUUUAAGCUUCCUUUGAAGGAGGUUAGGGCCUUCCUCUCUACCUCUUCCAUGUACAGGUUGGCCACUAUACAACCCAAAGUGUGAUCCAAUAUGUCCAUGUAGAUUCUCAUUCAUCCAGGUCAUGGUUUUCUUAAAGACUCCAAAAUCAGGCAACUGGACUGUGAAGCCUUGACUACAGAGUAACACAAUAAAGGAGCAGCACCUAGCCACUGGUUCACAUAUGUGGAUGACACCUGGGUUAAGAUCAAAACACAUGAAGUAGAGGCCUUCACUGACCAUAUCAAGACAAUGGACAGCAACAUCAAGUUCACCCGUGAAGAUGUCAAGGACAAUGUGUUGGCCUUUUUGGACUGUGCUGUACACUUGGAGGCAGAUGGGUGUCUCAACGUUGAAAUGUACAGGAAACCAACACACACGGAUCAGUAUGUACUUUUUGAUUCCCACCAUCCUCUACAGCACAAACUGGGUGUUACUUGAACACUCAACCACCGGGCUGAGAACAUUCCCACAAAGAAAGAAGGUAAGGAAAACGAACAGAAGCACAUCAAAAAUGCCCUGACAACCUGUGGAUACCCUAAGUGGGCCUUUGUGAAGAACAGAAAGAGAAAUAACACUGAACACGAAAGGGAGGAGAUACGCAAGAGCACUGUAAUCCCUUACAUUGCAGGCCUGUUGGAAAAACUCAAGAGGAUCUUUGGCAAACACCAUAUUCCUGUUCAUUUCAAGCCUGGCAACACACUAAGGCAGAAGCUAGUCCAUCCCAAGGACAAAACACCGAGACAUAAACAGAGUAAUGUGGUGUCUGCCGUCCAGUGCAGCGAGGAAUGCUCGGAUCUGUACAAUGGGGAAACUAAACAACUGCUUCACAAGCGCAUGGCUCAACACAGGAGAGCCACUUCCUCAGGUCAGGACUCAGCUGUCCACCUUCACUUAAAGGACAUGGGUCACUCUUUCGAGGACAGCAAUGUACAGAUGUUGGCUAGAGAAGACAGAUGGUUUGAAAGAGGAGUUAAAGAAGCCAUCUUUACCAGACAGGAGAAACAUUCUCUAAACAGAGGGGGUGGACUCAGGCACAAUCUCUCCGGCACUUACAAUGCAGUUCUCAGCUCUCUCCCCAGGAAAGUCCACAGACAUUCACACCUGGGACCACAUGACUCAGGUGGCAUGAGUCAUGUGGUCACAUGACAAGGGUCGUUAACGACCCUUUCACCGACCCAUUCUUUCCAACUCCUCCCAAUCGUUGGAUGUCCCCUUCUCCAGUAAGAUAAAUAUCUGCUCCUCCCACUAGCAAUAAUUAGAACUGAAGAAGCUUCUUGGAUAAGAGGGGAAAGGUCUUCUCAACUCUUCACAGUCCAGUUGCCUGAUUUUGGAGUCUUCAAGAAAACCAUGACCUGGAUGAAUGAGAAUCUACAUGGACAACAACAACCAAUAGUGCAACGCUCUGAGUCAGCAUAUACAUUUAGAUCUAAAUCGAUAUAUUCUGAUCUCUAUCUUAUCUGAGGAGCGCGUUUGGACACUCAACCUGACCGAAUUAACACAACUGAAACCGCAUUGAAUUAAAUAUCCAGUAAUAGAAAGUCACACAUGAUGAAGUCAACAAGAUAUUUGAUUCUUCCACCGCCCCCUUUCUCUCUUCCUUUUCUUUCUUGCGCAGCACGACUUGGACAUGUCUCUGUGUCCUCUCCCUGUCCUGCCACUGCUGCCGUGGCAAGGUUGACCAGAUGAUUUAUUUUAUUGAUCAGAUGAGCUAUUUACUUAAAAAAUAAUACAAACUGCCAUUCAAAAAACCCAUUUAUUUGAUGUUCUCACAUCCUUAAAAUUCUGUGAAUAUUCAAUCCGGAGUUAGGCUCACAUAAGAAUAUGUUAAGCGUCCUUUACUCACAGGUGGUUCCGAUUUUAAUGCCAUUAUUGGAAUUUGUUUAUGUUGUGAUCUGUGCGCACAACCCACCUUUGUCAUGUGGGGUUUAAAUGUAUGCAACUUGAUGUGAGUGUCUUUAUUUGUGGAAAAGGAUGCUUGUCUUACCAGUGGGAACCUCCCCACACACACCGAAUCCCUCUGUGCUUAUUUGACAGAGUGUGCAGGACGCCCUCCACAGCGCUUACUGCGACACUUGCUGAGGGGCUGCCUUCUGUUGCCAUCGUGUGGCAUUGCUGUCUUCAGACAUCUCUUAAUCUCUUCGACUAGUUCACAAAAUUUGUAAUACGCCUCACCGGUGGCAGAUUUCAAGGUGAGGAGAGGAGCUUAUUUGAUUGGUGAAAACAUGUCUCGGCUGUGUUAAACACACUCCACGCCUGCUCCCCUCCCUCUUUCUGACUAAGGUGCUGGGAGGAGCUGAGUUAGGGAGAGGGGAUACUUAUGCAGGGGGCCGCGCCACUCACCAAAAUACCAAAGUUCGCUUGGGCAUGCCUCAUUGGUGCGGUGGACCUGACUUAUGCCGCACCUACGCAACGCCGUCGGCAAGGCACGAAAAUAGAGGUUAUAGUGGGCUUCCCUACGCUAAAAAUCAGUGCGCCACCCCCGGAGCCUCGCUCUGCAGGCCAGACCCGGAGAGAAUCGAGGCAAUGCUGCUGCCACUUUGAGAGCUCUUCAAUAACUGAAGCUCUGAUCAGCUGUUUAACAUCAAGCUGCUCAUGUGUUUCAGUUUAAACACAACCAGACUAAAACACUCAGUCUCAGACUUAAACCAAGACUCACACUUGGUGCAGAUCCAAAAAUAAAAGUAUGCUUUUACUUCGCCACUACCAUUUUUACUAUGUUACUAUGACAGUUGAGACUCAGGGCUCUAUUUUCGUGUACGCUGGUGAGGGGAUGGAGGGUGGCGGACCCCGCGCAGUUGUAUUUUCUUGUGGCGGAGCCCGGCGUACGGCCAGUUUGGUAUUUUCGUGGACUGAGCCGCACGGAGGCGAGCCGAGAUCCGCCAAGCUGGUCGUGGUGGCGUGGCAGGGGGAGGUGUCGACAGAAUCAGCGGGCGCAGUGACAUUUUCGUGCUCGCCACCGUCGUGUAAAGUGCGCUGAAAGCUCGCCGAUUCAAACCUGGUCAGCUUUCAGCGCAUGGCGGAGCGCAGCUGGUCUAGUAGUAUUUUGGACCUGCGGCGUAUCGACAUACGUCACUGAUGCCUCACCGGCAGGUUUCCACAGUGUCAGGCACAUUUCAGUGCAAUAAAUAAUCAUCAACAACUAUUAAUCUGAGUCAGCACAUACAUUUAGAUCUAUAUAGAUAUAUUCUGAUCUAUAUCUGAUCUGAUGAGCGCGUUUGGCACGCGUUUGGACACACAACCUGACCGAAUCAACACAGCUGAAACCGCAUUAAAUUAAAUUAAAUAUCUAAGUAAAUAAACACACAUGAUGAAGUUAACAAGAUAUGUAAUUCGUCUCCCCCCUUUCUUUCUUCCUCUUCCUCUUAUUUCUCGCACAGCUCGACCUGGACACGUCUCCAUGUCCUCUGUCCGUUUUGCUGCUGCUGCAGCUGAACAGAUGAUUUGUUUCAGUGCUCAGAUGCGUAAUCUACCUUAAGCCUAUAUACGGAUAUUAUAAUAUUCAGUUUUGUGGGCCAAAUUUAUUUUAUAUGCCAACAUCUAUGAAAGAAAGAGCCAGACCACGGAGCGCAAUGCGUCAUUUACGCACAGAUGGUUCCAAUUUUAAUGCCAUUUUUGGAGUUUAUGUUGUGAUCUGUGCGCACAACCCACCUUUGUCACGUGAGGUUUGAAUAUAUGCAACUUUAUGUGAGUGUCUUUAUUUGUGGAAAAUGGUGUUUGUCUUACCAGUGGGUCCAACAUUACACACACCAAAUCCAUAUGAGAGAGUGUGAAGGACGCACAAUGCAGCUUACACUGACACUUGUUGAGGAGCUGCCCUCUGUCGCCAUCUUGUGGCAUUACUGUUUUAAGACAUCUCUUGAUCUCUUUGACUACUUCAUGAAAAUAGUAAUACGCCUCGCCUGUGGCGGAUUUAAAGGCAAGGAGAGGAGAUUAUGUGAUUGGUGAAAACAGGUCUCGGCUGUGUUAAACCCACUCUCCGCCCUAUCUCCUCCCUCGCUACAACUUAAGCUGCUGGGAGGAGCUGAGUUAGGGAGGGGGGAUACUUACGCCGGGCUGCGCGGGUCACCAAAAUACCAAAAUGUGCUUGGGAACGCCUUGUCAGCGUGGCGGAUCUGACUGACGCCGCGCUUGCGGCACGUGUCCGGCGAGGCACGAAAAUAGAGCCCUUUCAGUUUUUAGUCUGGGAUUGUGAAAUUGUUUGGUGGAAGCCCAGCAUUAGACCCAGACUCAGUCUCAGACUCAGUGUCACAAUCAGAUUUAGUCUCAGACUUAAAUCCAGUCUCAGAUUCAGUCCUAGAUUUCAGACCCAGACUCAGACAGAAAUUUGUGAGACGGUUUGUAUCAUAAAGACAGAGACAUGUUUGAAUAUAAAAAAAGACCACAGCUCUGACCCAAUACUGAACUGUUUUUAGCUUAUAAUGGACAGUACUCUUAUCGUAAAGGUCACAUUUGACAUUAGAACAGGAAGUAGCUAACCUGGUGAGACAGUAAGCAAACUGACUCCUGCUGAGGGUCAGAGAGAAACCUGGUACAGUUUUAGCUGGAGGAGCAGAGGAAAUUCACAUGAGGGUAACAGAUACCUGAAGGGGUGAGGACAGUGAGGAGAGUCCGCAUUAAAGGAGAGGCAGCGGAGCCUCACAUCUGGACUGAAUUAGAGCGCUGCCACGUGUCAAACUGCAACAGAAACAGCUUCUUCCUCUCUUGUCCAAUGAAUCACCCACAGAGCCCAGAUCAUGUUUCUGGUCUUCAUACUACAUUACCCAUGAUUCUUAGGACCACAGACCAAUCAUAUGACCAACUCAAACAUCCUCAUGGUUAACUUAUCCAUCAAAACCGCCUCUAAAUGCCUCUCAUUUUCAGCUGUGUGGUGGAGUAGGCUUUGCUGACAAUAACUCGAUUUUAUUUUUCUUUACAAGAGUUAUUAUUUUACUCUUACUUAUUAAAUAAUUGUUUUACUCAUACUAACAAGAGUGAUUACUAUACAUAGUUAGUUUGCUCUUAUUUAUUAGUUAUUAUUUUACUUAGUUAUUUUACUCUUAUGUACCAGAGUUAUUUUACUUUCUUUGCACAUAUUUACACAAGUUAUUAUUUUACUCUUAUUUUUCAUUACUAGUUAUUUUUUUAGUUAGUUUGCUCUUGGUUAUAGAGUUAUAAUUUUUAUCUUAUUUACUGGAGUUAUUAUUUUACCCUUAUUCACUAGAGUUCUUAUUAGGGCCUGAGCUGAGACUGCAAGCAGCGGGCGAGGGCCCUUUUGAAUUGCUUUUUAUUAUAUAUAUUAUUAUUGAUUAUUAUUUUUUUUUUUUGGCCCAUUCCACCUCUAUAGAUAAUCAUGCUCAGGGACUUCUUUGUAGGACUACAAAAUCUUGUAGGUAGGUAGAGCUCUCCAAGACCUUUCAUUAUACGUACUUGAACUUUUCUCUAAAAUGCAAGGGGAGGAACUACAACUUAUUUUUGGCCCAAACAUGUUACACAUUUUUUUCUCAUCCAUUUUUAAUUUGUUCAGUAAUGACUUCGUGUCAAUUUGAUGGUGAGAGCAUAAAUAUUUUUGUGAAAAAUAUCCAACCGGAAAUGGCGCAUUGUGCUCUAACCUCUAGGGGGCCCUAAAGUUAGUUGAGUUUUUUAAGGCAUUUGGGCAGUCUAACUCAGCUAUUGUUGCUUCAAAAAAUCUCAAACAAAUGCUCUUUUGGUGCAUUCAGGACCAAAUGUCUCAUCAUCCCAGAAUGUUUGUUUCUAAAAUAGUGCCCCUCAAGAGUCCAAAAUGUCCAAAGCAUCUCAAAAAGGCACAAACUCCUUGUAGUUGAUGGACAGUUGCAUUUUGUGGCACCUCGCCAAAGGGCAUUGGCCCUGGUGGCGCUGCAAUGUAGGACGUGUCCCCCGAAGCAUACAUUUGGUCAUAACUCUGUUAUAUGUAGUCCAAGCUCCACCAAAUUUUAGUUGUUUGAUAACAACAUAGACUAGUGCUGGGCGAUAUGGAAAAAAAUGUAUAUCACGAUAUGGAUCAUUUUAUAUCACGAUAACGAUAUAUAUCACGAUAUAGCUAUGGUAUGUUUUCAGUUCUAUGAAAAAUUUAAGUGAAUACAGCUGCACUAGUACAGUACCAGUACAAGACCAGCACUUAAAACUAGAAAAAUGAAUAAAUAAAUACGUGGCUGAAGUGCGUUCAUGUCUGUGCUCACCCAAAGUUAUGCAACACUCACAGAAAACGCCGAUAGUGUGAGCCAAAGCACUCCAUAAUAAUAAUAAUAAUAAUAAUAAUGAUAAAUUUAAUUUGUAAUGCCCUUUACAUUUACAAAAAAAUCUCAAAGUGCUACAGUACACAGUAAAAAAAGAGCAGCAACAAUAAAAAAAGCAAUAGAAUGACAGUCACAGAUUGGCAUAAAAAAAGAAUUUAAAAAAAUAAAAAAUAUAGAGUUGCAAUGUAAGAGGCAAGGUAGUAAAAGCAUAAAGCAUAGAGGAAAACUAACCAAAGGCUUUAUUAAAAAGGUAGGUCUUUGAAGAGGUUGUUCACACUGCUAGAUGUUUCUCCUCUAAAGCUGCUCUCUGCCUCUGUCGCUGUUUACUUUACUCUUGAAGCACGUAGCAAGACCCGAGCAUGAAUCCGAGCGCUUUAUUCGCCUAUCAGGGGCAGACAGGUAAGGUGAUUUGAUUCGCCACGACUCCAGAAAUGAUUGAAAAACUACAGAAUGUCACAAAAUUACGUUUUCUCGCUGCUGGCUUGAAGGGUACAAAUGCGCAGCCGCGCUCCCAGCUGACAGGAAGUCAAACCACUGUUGUAGUUCUUUUGUGUUGCUGGCGCGGUCAAGAGUGUUGGCUCUCACUGAGAGAUGACUACAAAAAUGGACGAACCUGUUCAUCUGGUUAUUUAACACGGCUGAAAAUGAUCAUCUUUUAAUGUUGUUCCCGCUCCUGCCCACUCCCGUUGCUUUUUUCCCGUCCCGUCCCGAUCAAGGGAUUAAUAAAAAAAUGACUCCCAUCCCGUGGGAUUCCCGCGGGAAUCACGUGACCCACGGGAAUUUCCGAAAAAUGUCAUCCUCUACAGGGAAGGUCCCGGAGCAGAUGAAACAGGUGCCGGAAUGGCUGAAAUAGGUCCCGGAUCCGAUCAAAAGAGGUCCCGGAUCGCGCUCCGACUUGCUCCGGCACAAAUUAAGCACUGCUUACAAUGAUCCCCUCACGUGUGUAACCCAGGUAACCCGCAACGGCGGGAGACGCUGGACACAAAGAGGGCACGUAAAGCGGCGUCAUGUCGCAAAAUCGAAAGAGAAACGCAAGCCUACAUGUCAACGCAUCCUCUUCUUUGUAAGAAAAUAUUGUUUUCUUUCCCGUUCGACACCAAAUACACUUACUGAAUGUGCAAUUAUUAUUGUUGUUGUUACUAUGAAUCAUCUGAUGGCACAAGCCCUAUGGAUAAAAUACAGCCUAUCGCCCGAAACGAUAAAAAUAAAAAUGGCACGAUAGACAUUUUCUAUCGUGCCCACGAUAUGUAUCGUCCGAUCGCCCAGCACUAACAUAGACUGUAUAUACUAUGGACAACUUGGUUCUGCCUACCGCCUGUAUACGGAUUUGAAGCCAAAUAGCUCUCGGUAUUUCCGGGAUUUUUCUUCAUUUCCUGAAACCAGCGCUGCGCAGUAGCAAUGCGCGCAUUCGGGCGUGCAGUCACAGAGAGUCGCUGUGAUGACGCUCGGCUCAAACAGCGUAUCCCUCGGGAGAGCUACGCAAUCCCUGAACGCCCAUAGGCUGUAUCAGGUGUCGAUCAUAGAAAACAUGAACCCCCUAAUAACUUUUAAAAAUGGAACUUCACAGAAAAAAGAGGACUUGAGCACAAACCAGUCUGACAGUAACUACAUGUCAACACCGCAAGCAGGGGGGAGAAACAUUUAUGUUCUGUGUAAUAAAUUUCUAAAGUUUGUCCACAGCUCCAUAAGCUUUGCUGGCGGAGGCGGGAUUAAUGACCUAUAUUGCAGCCCAUCAACAUAAGGUGCUGUUCUCGGAGUUGCUUCACCCAGCAGGGUGGCAGUCUAUGGUAGGCUGUAUUGGGAAAAAGGAAAAAGUGCCUAGAAAGGGAAUUUCGUUCCCCUUUAGUGGCGCAACAUAAACUGUGAUUCAUAAAAUAGCUCUAUUGAUAGUAAUUACUAAAAAAAAUAUCUACUCAUGCCGUCCUGUCGAUUUUUAGUAAUCAGUGUUUCGGUGUCGAACUAUUUCCUUUCUGCAGCGCAGUGAUACUUGCACAUGCGCAAUCGAAUAUGCAGAGGGGUGAAGAGAUUUUUGUCACGUGGACCAAUAGGAGCGGAGUCUCGUUGCCAUAGUAUCAGAAAAACACCAACACAAAAAAAGCCUUCAAAAGUGCAUAAAAAAGGAAUGAAACGAUGCUAUAUGCAUCUAUCAUCUGUCCAGAGUGAAGACGUUCUCGACUUUUCAAGGAUACGUUAGGAAACUUACAGAACUAGUAUUAGAAAGUGGCUUUCUCUACAGGGUGAGACAAAGGACCCCCGAGAAACAGCAGCACCAUAUAAUUGUUUUUUGGGUUACUCACAUAUAUGUCGAUUUCUGGUUGGUGACAAAAGUCUGACAGAUAGUCUGAGUAGAUAUUUUAACUCAAAGUCCAGAAUGGUAUUGUCUAUGCAAAAAUGCAUUAAACAAGUAGCACCAGCGUAGUGGAACGAAAUUCACUUUCUAGGCACUUUUUCCUUUGGCUCAAUACAGCUUAUGACCUCGAGCGAAGUUUCUUUCAUGGAGUUUCAGAUGCCCUGGACGUGGAUGCAUCGGCGAUGCUGGCUGAAGGGUUUGACUGACCCGCGACUGCAUCACGUUCUUGUUUCUCAAACGCCUUUUGCAAAUAAAUCGCUGGUAGCAUGUCAUGUGAAACCCAGCGUCAUCAGGAACAUUGUCAAAGUCGAUAUCAACGCAAUGUUUAUAAGUUUCUCGGGGGUCCUUCGUCUUACCCUGUAGAGAAAUCCACUUUCUAAUACUAGUUCUGUAAGUUUCCCAGCGUAUCCUUGUAAAGUCGAGAACGUCUUCACUCUGGACAGAUGAUAGAUGCAUAUAGCAUCGUUUCAUUCCUUUUUUAUGCACUUUUGAAGGCUGAUUUCUUUUUUCCUUUUCUUUUCUUCCUCUUUGCUUGUCUCGCUGCUAGAUGCGCUUGUCGCAAUAUUUGUGUUUUUCUGAUACUAUGGCAACGAGACUCGCCUGCUGUUGGUCCACAUGACAAAAAUCACCCCUUUGCAUAUUUGAUUGCGUGUGUGUAAGUAUCACUAUGCCGCAGAAAGGAAAUAGUUUGACACCGAAACACUGAUUACUAAAAAUCGACUGAUAAAGCUAUUUUAUGAAUCACAGUUUAUGUUGCCCCACUAAAGGGGAACGAACCAACACAAUCUCACUCAGCCGAUACAGCCUACGGAUAACAGUCCAGCUGCUGACGGUUUGACACCAAUCUUGCAUCGGUAUGUUUUAGCAACACCUGGUGGCAAAGGCAAACAUGUUUUGUUUUUUUUUAGUUAAUGGCCUGUAACUCCUUCUUUAUUGAUGCGAUGCAGCUGAGAUUGCUUCAAGACACUGCUGACGCAGCACCAAAGCUGCAAAAAAACAGCACCAUGUUUUGUUUUACUAUAUCUAUAAAAUAGCACUCUGGGAUAUUGCUCUAGGAAUGCACAGCCACAUGAAAUUUGUUACACAGAACAAGGGCGCUCCUCUUAUGGUUCCAAAGUCAAAAAUGGAGAUCCAACCAAACAUGGCUCCAUAGCGUCCCCUAGAAAAUUAAAAAAUUUACCCCCAACCCUGUGUGCCACCCACAGCUGUGAAUUCUUAAAGGCCUAUUAAGAAUCCCAAGACAAACAAAAAAGCUUCUUAGAUCCAUGGGCAACACCCAGCCUGAAGUAGGCUAAAGUGGUUUGAAAAUUUGGAUUUGGGGAUUUUCGCACACUAUUUAAGGUCUUUUCAAAAAUUAACUCUCCUAGGGAUUUAAUGCUAUGUAGCGAUUUGAAUUUGUAAUAAAUGUCCUAAGAUUAACAUGACAUUGAUUGACAUUGACAUUGAUGCACCUGUUGAAAGGGGCACCACCCACCUUUAAUGGCAGGAAAAUAAAGAAAAACAAAAGUUUAAUUCAGAAAUCAAACAUUAUGUCAAUCUUAAAUUAAUCAUUCUCAUAUAUCAAGCCAAAAUUCUCAUUUUAUGGACUGCACUUCUGGAAGAACACUAACAGAUAAGAACUUAGAAAAACAAUGAUCAAUUUAUUACAGGGUAAAUACUGAUCCAACACACAUGCAAUAAAUGAUAAGAUGAUGAGGAUAGAUAAUAACAGAUGAAUGAAAGAUUUUGAGUCAGGCUACGAUUACUGAAGUUAAUGAUAGUGAGUGAAUAUGCUCUAACAUAUUGACCUAUAUUAACUUUGGUGUCAAGAUAAACUUGGCUGUGGAUUUGGUUGAAUUUAGAAUUACCGGAAUUAGUGAUUAGUGAUUCAUUUAGUGAUUGAAUCAUGAACGCAUGAGACAGCGUCAGCCCUGUUUGGAGUGCAGCAAUGCAACAAUGCUUAUUUUGCCCUUAUUAACUAGUGUUAUUAUGUUACUUUUAUUUAAGAGAGUAUUUUUUUAUAUCAUUAGUUUGCUAUUAAUAAUCAAGUUAUUAUUUUACUCUUAUUUACUAGAAGUAUCAUUUUACUCUUAUGUACUAGAGUUGUUAUUUUACUCUUAUUUUCUCGUUAUGUUUUUGCUACCAUUUUCAAAAACAAUUAUUUUAUUCUUAUUGACCAAAGUUAUCAUUUUACUAGGAUAAGUAUUUUAUUAACUAGUAAUAAUUUAAUUAUUUUACUGUUAUUCAUGAGAAAUUUUGUUUAACUCUUUUUCUAGAGUUUUGAUUAUACUCCGAUUAAAGGUGGGGUAGGCAGGAAUCUGUGAAGGAAGCAUCUUUUUUGCGGUGUUUAUAAAAAAAAGCUUUUAAUAUCAGUCAAUAGCUAUUAGUUAUUGAUGACAUUUGGGAAUAUCACGAUAUCGCUGUGUUCUCUUAUGCCUGUGUAGUCGACAUUUUAAAUUUUGGGACGGCCCACUCUUUCUGACUGUAAACAAAGCCAUUCUCCAUCUCCCCAACCUGAUUGAUUGUGAGGCCUUUAUUUUUAGAGUUGUUUUACUCUUAUUUAUUAGAGUUAUUAUUUUUCACCUUUUUAUUGUAGUUAUUUUUUAACUCCUAUUUACUAGAGUUAUUAUUUUUCCCUUGUUCAUUACAGGUAUUAUUAUCUAAUUUCUCCUGGGGGAUAAAUAAAGUUCUUCUCAUCUCAUCUUAUCUUAUCUCAUCUCAUGUUAAGAGUUGUUUUGCUUCUAUCUUUAGAGUAGAGUAGGUAGUCUGCUCUGAGUUUCAGGUUUUUUCUUUAUUAGCUUUGAGUUCUCCGAUUGGCUGGCUACUUAAAUGUACUCUGGGAGUUUUAGUUCACUGUUUUUUUUUGUUUGUUGUUUUUUUCAGAUUAUUACAAACAGAUUUUACAGAAACAUUUGGAGCUAAAGGUAACAAAAAAAUCACUCCUUACUGUCAUGGUGUCGCCUUUUGGACAUUAAAGGAAGUGACAUCAUCACUCACCAGAAAGCAGCUAAUAGGUCAAAGCUCUGACUGUGUUUUUUCAGACCUGCAGAGUGACGGAGACGCUUGGAGGAAUGAGAAACAAACGAUAUGCCAUCAACCCUGUGGGUCACAAGUGGACUCACCACAACCUCACAUACAGGUGAACACACAGGUGAUAAACAGGUGAUUACACUGGUGAUAAACAGGUGAACACACAGGUGAUAUACAGUCACACUUAAAGAUUGACAUACAAGUGAAUUCACAGGUGAUAUAUGGGUAAACUUUUAGUUAGGUAGUAGGUGACAUACAGAUAUACAAACAGGUAAUGUACAGGUAAAACACAUACAGACAUAUUAAGUAAAGAGAAACUUGUGAGGAUAGGUAGACAAACAGAGAGAAACAGGUCAAAUGGAAAUACACAGGUGAAACACAGGUAACACAAAGGUAGUCAUACAGGUGAAAAAACAAAGGUUAACCACAGGUCAACAUACAGAAAUUACACAGGUAAAAGGUAGGUAAACAGGUUACAUCAGGGCAAAAGAGGUAAAGAUUCAGGUUAACGUACCAUUUAAGACAGAUUAAAUACAGGUCAAACACACAAAUCAACUCUCAGGUUAAACACAAGUAGACUUGCAGGCUCACCAAUUGAUAAACACGUGACAUACCUACAGAUUACAGCUCAACAAACAGGUAAAAUACAAGUAAAAACAGCUUUCUAAAAAGUUUGAAAACAACCACUAUAUCAUACUGCUAAUAUGGUGUCGAUGUGACUAGUAGAUUAACUACAGGUAAGAUUACAGGUUACAUACAGGUAAGCAAAAAGGUAAAAUUGAGUUAAGGCAAAGGUACAAUACACAGGUGAUAAUACAGGUAAAUAUUUGGGGAUGAUAAUUUUGGUAAAUAUACAGGUAAUAAUACAGCUAAAUAUACAGGUAAUAAUACAGGUAAAUAUACAGCAGAAAAUGUAGUAAAUAUACGGGUGAUAUACUGGUGAACUUUGCAGUAAAUUUGUGGUUGACAUGCUAGUUUGUAUCUUGUUGAACAUUUAGGUUUGUGUUUAGGUGCCAUACAGGUAAUAUACAAAUUUUACGACUGAAUGUUCAUGCAGAGGUAAUAAAUAGUUGACACACUAAUAUCAAACAGUCAAUAACAAACAUAUCAAUGCUAAGGUCAUUUAGAGGCAUGUAAAGGUAUCAGCCAGGUGAAUGUACAGGUAGCAGAAGUUUAUGUUGCAGAUUUGUGUCUGAUCCAUUGGUAGAGUUCAGUGAGGUUUAUCCAGGUAGAGUUUGUUGGUAAAGGUGAGAAGGUGAGAUUGAGUACAGCACCACAAAGACACACCAGGAGCUGCCGAAAUCAGCUGAUUGAGCUCCCCCCAAAUCUCUCUGAUUGGCAGUCUGCCUGUUGCAGUUGGGGCUUUUAUCCUGAGCUGUGCCUUUCAGGACGUGAGCCACUCAGCAGUCCUGUGCCUGACAGACUCUACAAAGGGAAUGAGAAACCUUAGUAAGGAUAAAAGAUGACAAGACGUGUCUCACUCUCUGCGUGCCUGUCUGUGUGGAUGUCCAUCUGUCUGUCUGUCUGUCUGUCCAUCUGUGUGUCUGACUGUGUGUCUAUCUUUGUGUCUCUCUGUGUGUCUGUAUGUCUUUUUCAGGAUCACUAAGUUUCCAAACACUCUGAACAUUGAGGACACGAGGAAGGCCAUCAGUAUCGCCUUUACUAAGUGGAGUGAUGUGUCUCCUUUGACAUUUACUGAGGUCACAGGUGUUAACGCCACUGCUGACAUCACCAUCGGUACGUUACUGAGCCACAGAUGAGAAGAGGCAGGGCUUAAACCUGAGCACAGAGACUUGGUCAGAGUCAUGUUUUUUUUUUUUGUGUGUGUGUAUGUGUCUCAGGCUUCUACACCUUUAACCACACUGACUGCUGGUGGUCUCCUCUCCAUCCGUGUUUUGAUGGUCUGAAUGGCGAGCUGGCGCAUGCCUUUCUGCCACCGCGUGGAGAGAUCCACUUUGAUAACCAUGAGUUCUGGAUCCUGGGGAAGUCUAGAUUUAGCUGGAAACAAGGUACCGACUUUGUUAGUCUGCAGGGUGCUGUGGGCGGGGUCAAUGUAUGUGUAAAUCAGGUGUUGUCAUAUGACCUGCAGGUGUGUGGCUGAACGACCUUGUCCAGGUAGCUGCUCAUGAGAUAGGCCAUGCCCUUGGCCUGUGGCACUCUAGAGAUCCUCAGGCUCUUAUGCACCCCAAUGCCACCUACACAGGCCAGAGGAACAUCGGCCAGGAUGAUGUAUGGGGCAUCCAGAGACUCUACGGUACAGAGCAAAGGGGCAGAGCUUAGAGAGGGUUUGAGCAUCCUGAGACUCCAUAGUCAAAUUAAAGGAGCUUUAUGAAGGGAUGGGAAUUGAAAACCGGUUCUUGUUGAGACCCGGUUCCUAAUGGUUGGAUCCAUUGACAUCAUUUACAUUUUAUUCUUAACGAUUCCCUCAACGAUUCCUUUCUUCCAGGUGCCUUGAAAAACAGUCCUGCAACUAUGGAAGCAAAUUUGUAUCAUAAUUCAAAUGAAAAUAGAUUAACAGAAAUGCAUUUGCAUUUUCAGAAUGUACCUGCACUUCUUGACUCAUAAAUAAAAUUAAAAAAUAAAUAAUUUGAACUGCAAUUGCUUUUUCUUUUUCAAGACUUAAUUCAAAUGUAAAUGAAAAAGUCAUCUGAGAUUUAAUUUUCAAAAUAUGCCCCAGCAAAUAUGAACCAAAACUCAAUUCAAAAUGUCAAAUCUGAAGAUUCAAAUGCAUUUGCAGUAUGGCUUUUUCAUUCCAUAGUCAAAACUGCAUAAUUUAACUCAGAAAUUAAAUUAAGAAUAAAUUAUACAAACUGCAUUUUCAUUUUCUUAUUUGAGCUGCACACUUCGUAACACAAUUCAAAAGAGAAACCAAACAGGCAAUAAUUUUGACCGGGUGGCAGUGCUCUCUGUGGCCCAAACGUUCUCACCGUGCUGGGCAGGAGCUCUGGCAAAUACGUGGCAUUAGCUCUGGAGCCUCCUGCUAGCUAGCCUGUCACAUAGUUUAAAUAAAUGUUUUAAGGUGAAGUAAAUUUGAACUUGCGCAGUUCGGAUAGCGACAAGCGGACAUGAAAAUAAAAAAGCAAUUGCUUUUUUAUUGUUUGUUUGGUUUCUCUUUUAAAUUGUGUUACGAAAUGUGCAGUUCAAAUAAGAAAAUGAAAUGCAGUUUGUAUAAUUUAUUCUUAAUUUUAUUUCUGAGUUAAAUUAUGCAGUUUUGACUUUGGAAUGAAAAAGCCAUACUGCAAAUGCAUCUUGCAUACAUUUUGAAUUGAGUUUUGGUUCAUAUUUUCUCUGGCAUAUUUUGAAAUCUCAAAUGGCUUUUUCAUUUACAUUUGAAUUAAGUUACAGAAUGAUCAAUUUUGAAAAAGAAAAAGCAAGUGCAGUUAAAAUUAUUUAUUUUUAACUUUAUUUAUGAGUCAAGCAGUGCAGGUACAUUCUGAAAAUGCAAAUGCAUUUCUGUUAAUCUAUUUUCAUUUGAAUUAUGAUACAAAUUUGCUUCCAUAUGUGACAGCCAGUUUACGCAAACGAGAACAGAGACAAAGAAAAAAACAGUGGACAGUACAAAAAGUAGGCAGAAACAAUCUAAAGUGUGGCUUAAGUGUACUAAGAAAGAAGACAACAGUGCAAUGUUUGUUGAGCAGUGAUAACAUGCAAAGGUGGAAACAUCAGCAACAUGCUUAACAUUUGUCAACUGGGCACAGCAUCAAAUAUAAGAAGUCACAUGUAUUUGAGUCUCUCCGCCGGUCGUCAGCUGUUGCAGCUCUGUCUCAGCACGGCAUGGAAGGUACGUAUGUUAGGGUGACCAUACGUCCUCUUUUACCAGGACAUGUCCUCUUUAGGGGAAGUUUAUAAAAUCCGUCAAAUGUCUGGACUAUGUAUUCAUUCAUUAUAAAACAGUGCAGCGCAUCAGUGCUGUCUGCAGCUGUCCCUCCGCUCACUUCUAAGCAAAGCCACUGACGUGACACAUGCACUCGCUGUCGUUGGGAUUUCAGAAUAUGCCUGUAUCUGAGUUAGAAGCGCAUAAAAAACACUCAAAACUUCGCACACAACUCCACCCUGUGUAGUAGUGUCCUCUUUUUGGGGAUUCAGAAUAUGGUCACCCUAACGUAUGUCCUGUGUUAACAUAAACACAAUGCAUGCCAGACUUAACAACGUAUUAUGUAUUUGACUUAAUACUGACCAAAGUUGAUUCUGUACAAAUAGUUUGUCAUUUGAUUAUUUUUAGACUCUCACUGAACAUGGUUUAGAUUUUUUUUUCUGUUAUCAGAGACUCAAUAAAAUUUUGAGUUGUACUGUGAAAACCUAUAGUCUAUUUGUUUUAAAUCAAAGAAAGGCAUUGAUAAGGGAAUCUUUAAAGACUUGAAUCAAUGUGCAAAAUCGAUAAUGGCAUCAAUAUCAAUAAAAUCUUAUCAAUUCCCACACCCAGCUUCAUGUCGCUGCCUGUAGUGAUAAGUUGGUGCUGAAAGUUCCUCUUUGUGAUCCGCUACUGUGUGUCUUUUUUAUUAUGAGUGUGUUUAUGUAGGUGUGUGAGUACACCCUUCACAUUUCUGCAAAUAUUUAAUUAUAUCUUUUCAUGGGAUAACACUAACGAAAUGACUCUUUGAUACAAUAUACAGUAGUCAGUGUACAGCUUGUGUAACAGUGUAAAUUUAUCGUUUCCUCAAAAUAACUCAACACAGAGCCAUUAAUGUAUACACCCCUUGCAACAAAAGUGAAUAAAAUGUCAACACCACUGAAUGAAAAUGUCCAAAUAAGGCCCCAAGGGUCAGUAUUUUGUGCGCACCGCCUUAACCCUCUUGGGUAUGGAGUUCAUCGGAGCUUCACAGGUUGCCACUGGAAUCCUCUUUCACUCCUCCAGGAUGCCCCACAUAUCCUGUGAUCUGAUGACACCAAGAUAAACUUUUUUAGUUCAGACGGUGUACAGAGUAUGUGGCGGUAACCAGGUGAGGAUUAUUGAAAUAAGUGUGUCCUUCCUAUAGUUGAGCAUGGUGGUGGGAGUGUCAUGGUCUGGGGCUGCAUGAGUGCUGCUGGCACUACAGGGCUGCAGUUCAUUGAGGGAGUUAUGAAUGCCACCAUGUACUGUGACAAACUAAAGCAGGGGAUCAUGCUCCUUCACCUACCCUACCCACCAGGAACAAUCCUGAUUCUGCGGAGAGCAAUUCUUGAUUCCGCGGAGAUCCGCGGCUUGAAAGUUGAGAUUCUGCAGACAUUAAAAAACCAACCUGAAAUUUUCAGUUCUGAAGCAAACAUAUUUUUUCAUGUCAAAAUAAAGAAAAAAAUAUUUUAUGAAAUAAAUUGCAAAACCAAAACACUAUGAAACGCUCUUAUAAAUAAUCAAUCAACAUCAAUAUUCUCUUUGUCCACCUUGUGCAGAUUUAUUUGCAGCAACUUUAGGAAUAAUAUAGUGCAUAUUAUACUGUCACAAAAUGGAGCAACAGUCAGAUAAUAAAUGUAAACAAAUACAAGUGCAGAAUAUUUCACCAAACUAUCAUGGGUGAUGGCUUAGGAACACAAAUGCCUGGAGCUGUGAUUCUCACACACAAAAGAAAUACAGCUUUACUGCUGGCGUCGGAGGAUUUUGUCAGAGAAAGUGCUCCAUUUUGAGUGUAGCUGGAGCUGCUCGCUGUCGCCCAUCAUACGCUGUGUUUUUUGCUCCAUUAAAAAUAUGCCAUCCACUCUACAGCCCGCCUUUCCAUCUGGGAUCCUCCUCACACACACACCAGAUCGCGCAAGCAACCAGGCGACGCCAAACGUUUCGCAUUCGGCUGUGAGUUCCCAUUCCCGUCUAUCUGACCGCGUCACCGAGCGGCCAAGAUGAAAACUACAUGUAAAAUAUAAUAAUCUGCACCUCGCCUUUUUUUCCGCGUACUACUUUAAUUUCCACUGGAAUUUGAAAUCUGCGAUAAUUUCCGCAAUCGCGGAUUCCUGGAGGGUCUAGUAAGAUCUUUAAAAUCCUCUCAGCUCUGUGAAGUCAUCCUGGAGGAGUAAAAGAGGAUUCCAGUGGCAACCUGAUAAGCUCUGGUGAACUCCAUGCCAAGAGGGUUAAGGCAGUGCUGGAUAAUAAUGGUGGCCACACAAAAUAUUGACACUUUGGGCCUUAUUUGGACAUUUUCACUUAGUGGUGUACAGGCAGCUCUCGGUCUUUAAAGUCCCAACACCAGGUGAGUCUGAAUGUCCAUCAGUGACUUCACCUGGGCAGCUAUGGGAAGACAAAAGGGGGAAAACACACACACACACACACACAGCCGUAACAAUGUGUGUGUGUAUAUAUAUAUGUAUAUUUGCACAUGUGGAAAUGAACUUUUUUUUUUUUUGGGCAAAUAAUCAUUAACUUAAGAAUUUGAUGGCAGCAACACGUGACACAGAAGUUGGGAAAGGUGGUAAAAAAUACUGAGAAAUUUAAGGAAUGCUUAUCAAAUACCUAUUUGGAACAUCCCACAGGUGAGCAGGCCAAUUGGGAACAAGUGGGUGCCAUGAUUGGGUGUAAAAGCAGUUUCCCUAAAAAUUCUCAGUCAUUCACAAGCAAGAAUGGGGCGAGGUUCACCACUUUGUGAACAACUGUGUGAGCAAAUAGUCGAACAGUUUAGGAACAACAUUUGCCCACAUCCAAGUACAAUUGCAAGGAAUUUAGGGAUUUUAACAUCUAAAUAUCAUCAAAAGGUUCAGAGAAUCUGGAGAAAUCACUGCACCUAAGUGGCAGAGCCGGAAACCAACAUUGAAUGCCCGUGACCUUGUAUAUGUAUAUGCAUAUGUAUAUAAAUAUAUGUAUGUGCAUACAUAUAUAUAUGUGUGUGUGUGUGUGUGUGUGUGUGUGUGUGUGUGUGUGUGUGUGUGUGUGUGUCUGUUUCUGUAUUUUAUGUUUUAUAUUUUCAUAUACCUGUGUUUUUAUGCAGGCUGUCUAGAUAAGAAGCGUGUGUGUGACCCAUGGGCUCGUCUAGGUUUCUGUGAGCGCAGGAAAACAUUCAUGAAGAAGAACUGUCCUCAGCGCUGCGACCUCUGUUACGGUGAGUUGGCACCCUCAGCAUGCCAUCACCUCCAGCAUCACCAAUCACAGUCCAGUCAGGGUCAGCUUUUUCAAACAGUAAUUGAUCUUCUGUCCAAGUCCUCACUCACCACCUUGUCUAACUUCCUGUCCUCCAGAGCCUCUGGAAGCCAUUACCACACCAACACCGCCUCCUGCCAAUGUCAAGGUGAAGAUGGUCCCCCGGGGGAAGGUGGUUGGUUUUCGCUGUGGAACCAAAAACCCACGCUCGCCGCCCAAAGUCAGGCAAGUUUAAUCCCGAAUCUGAUGUUAACAGUUAAGUGUUGCCUCUGAAUCAAUGCUCUGUGGUAUAUUACAUUUUGGUGAACUGCCAACCCUGCUUACACCAGUGCAGUAGUCACCUUUUCACAGUCUUUCCUGUAUAGAAAUUCUGUUAAAUCACCUGUCACUCUUUUAUGUGACAUGGUGUCUUGCAGCUUUUGUUGAGCAAAACUUGAUGGUCUGAGGUUAUUCAGCCUUAACUGAAUUCACUGUGCCGCUACUUAUCACUUAGAGUACAUACUGUAUGUCAAUCUCAAGGCCUGCGAGCCAGGUCCAGCCUGCGAUAUAAUUAUCUUUGGCCCGCAUGAUAAUAUCUGAUCACUAUUAGAGCUGGCCCGCACGUGUCGCUAAUACACUACAAAUCCUCAAUGAACUGCCAACGUGUUCCCAGGUUAUUUGAGAGCCCUCAAGCGCGAGUCGUCAUUAUAAAACAGUGCAGCCCAUCAGUGCUUUCUGCUGCUCUGCCCCGCUGCUCAGUUCUAAGCAAAGCCACUGACGAGACGCAGUCUGCCAGUGAGCAAAAGAAAAGGGAGAAAUAUUUGUAUCCGACUGAUAAUUUUGUUGAGGAGAAAUGCUUUAGAUAAAUGAAUAUAUUGUUUAUUAACACAACUUUGUGUGAGUAUUUUUCAGUGUCUCCAAGAGGCCUGGUUAAGUGUUUUUUUGGGAAUUCAAAAUAUGCAUUUAACUGAGUUAGAAGCACGUAAAAAACACUCGAACCCAGGGGCGUCACUAGACCUAAUACUGUACUGGGGCACACCUGGGGCACAAAAAAUUCAUGAGAGCGUGCAAAGUGCGCAAGAAAAAAAACAUAUUCAGCACUUAUUUAUCAUAAAAAACAUUAGUUCUUUAAACUAUUCAAUCAUAUCAGACUAUGUUGUUGUCUAGAUCUUUGAAUUACUACCUGAAAUGUACAGCGGUAAUGCAUUUGGCCUACUUGUGCACUUUACUCUAUACUUCUAAACCAUUACUGAUAAAAGCAAAAAGGAAGAGCAAUGAAUCUUUUUGAAAUAUUUAUUUUAGUUAACAUCUGAAAAUUGAACAUUUACAAAAGUAAAAACAUUAAAAAAAAAAAAUCAUCCCUACAUCUCUGGGGUUUUUUAUUUCCAUUGUAGAAGAUGAAUGAACAACUGUUUUGUGUCUCUUCAGGGAAUCAUUUUUUGGAAAGUAAACUGUAACGUCUUGUUUUCAUUUUUGCAAAGUGGUCAAUCACUUGGCUGUGGCUUAACUUAGAAAGUUCCUCACUCUCCACUGACAUGAUGGCAAGAUGGUGAAGCCUAUCCUGCCCCAUUGUGCUUCUCAGCCAAGUGUGGAGCUGUCUCAGCACACUGAACGUCCGUUCACAAGUGAAGCUGGACACUGGGAUGGUCAGAGAGAUCUGAAUGACCUCUGUCAAGAUUGGGAACAUGGCUUGAUCCAGCAAGCUGAAAAGACAUUGCAUGACUGUGAUUGGAAGGCUCUCCCGCUUUCUGGCCAGAUAGUUUGUGGCCAUUAACACCUCUUCAGGUUUUAGAUCAACAUUGUAAUGAUCUGCCAGACCUCUGAGGUCCUCCUCACAGAGGAAGUUGUCAGAUCCUGGAUUACAGGCCUGAACACCUUUUAUAACUUGGCUGUUGAGAGUUGAAAAACGCUGAUCCAUCUCAGCAACCAUCCUGUCAAGGCAAGGUAGAUACAAGUUUGCUUUCAAUUUCUCUGCAUCACCUAGGUCACUCACUGCCCCACAACUAGAGUCCACUACAUAGUCCUCCAUGCGUUUUUGCUUCUGCCUUUGUGUGGUAACAGCACAUGACUCUGGGAUCUGGUUGGCUGCACAGUAGGUCUUUGCUCUGUCAUAAAGCUCAGCAGCCUUCUCAUCUGUGCGCAUAUCUUUUAGAGUUUGCAGAUAUUUGUGUAGGUUUUCAGUCACAGACAAAAAAGUCUUGAACAUCAUCAACAGAUACACUGUGGAGAACCUAGCAAGUUUGACAUGGAGCCCCACUGCCAUAGGGUUGUUGAUGCUGGAUAGGCACUGAAGCACUGCAGGGAGAUUGUCUAACAUAGCAUUCACAGAACGCAACUGGCACGACCAGCGCAUCUUAGACAGUUGCACAAGUUAAGAUGGCUGUUAGCCUAGCUGCUUUUGAGUCUCCUUGAAUUUGUGAUGGUUAACAACAGAGACAGAGAAGAAUGUGUACACACUCUGUAGCAGGUCAAAUAAAUCCUUGGCCUCAGGUAUGGCUUGGCAGGUGAAACACAGGACUAGAUUAAGUUGAUGUGCAUAGCAGUGCACAUAAAUGGCCAUGGGAUGAUUCUCUCUGAACUUAGAUUGGACCCCUCCAACUGUCCCACUCAUUACCGAUGCACAAAAAAAUAUAAUUUGCAGCUGUGUAUAUAGAGUACAAGAUUCAAGCAUUGAACACUUUAAGGAUAGUAUGGAGGUGUUAUUUUCCAAUACUAACCAGAAGGUGACAUUCAUCUGUGGAGAUUAUAACAUAGACCUAUUGAAUCCCCAUAAUCAUAAAAUGAUAGAGGAGUUCAUUAACACAAUGUAUAGUUUAAGUUUAUAUCCGUUGAUCACCAAACCAAGUAGGAUAACAGUGCAAAGUGCCACAAUAAUAGAUAAUAUAUUUACAAAUUACAUGAACAACGCUUUAGUUAGUGGGUUGCUCAUAAAAGACAUCAGUGACCAUCUGCCAGUUUUUGUGAUCUAUGGCUGUAACUAUGCGAAAGGAGAAGAGGAAAAUACAGUUAUAUAUAGAAGAAAAAGAACAGAGCAGCAAAUUAAUGCAUUUAGAAGAGAUUUACUAGCACAAAACUGGAGUAAUCUCUAUGAAGAAAGGGAUAUUGACAAAGCCUAUGAAAUAUUUCUUGAGACCUUUAAGGCGUUAUACAACAAAAACUGUCCAAUGAAAAAAUAUAAUGUCAGGAAAAAACAUAUUGGCAGCCCAUGGAUCACAAAAGGUCACCCUCUAUACACCCUCUAUAAACAAUUUUUAAGGCAAAGAACUGCAGAGGCUGAACAUAAAUAUAAGAAAUAUAAAAAUAAAUUAAUUAAUAUUAUGAGGACAUGCAAAAAAGAAUAUUAUGCCAAAUUAUUAGAGAAUAGUAAAAACAAUAUUAAAGGUGUCUGGAAAAUAUUAAAUGGUAUUAUCAGAAAUGGCUCAAAUAAUAGGAGAUACCCUGAAUAUUUUAUUGACAAUGAUACUUCCUUAAGUAACAUGAAUGAUGUGGUUACUGGCUUUAACAAAUUCUUUGUAAAUGUAGGACCGAACUUGGCUGAGGAAAUAAAGGCCACGUGUAAUGGUGGGGAUCCUGAGGGGAAUAUUGUUCGUAAUGUCAACUCAAUGUACUUAAAUGGCAUAGAAGGAAAAGAAAUCAAAGACAUUGUCAGCAAGUGUAAGAAUAAAUCAUCAUCAGAUUGGAAUGGCAUUGACAUGAUCUUGAUUAAGAAAGUAAUUGAUUCCAUUAUACAACCACUAACAUACAUCUUUAAUUUAUCUUUGACAACUGGCUCAUUUCCACAGAAAAUUAAAGUUGCCAAAGUUAUUCCGAUAUAUAAAGCUGGGGAGAAACAUCAUUUCACCAAUUAUAGGCCAAUAUCCUUGCUUUGCCAAUUUUCCAAAAUACUGGAAAAAUUAUUUGUUGUGAGGCUAAAUCAUUUCAUUGAAAGUCAAAAAAUUCUAACUGACAGUCAGUAUGGCUUCAGAGCAAAAAGCUCAACAGCAAUGGCACUUAUGGAAUUGACAGAGGAAAUUACAAACUGUAUUGACACCAACAAAUAUGUCAUAGGAAUAUUUAUAGAUUUGAAAAAAGCCUUUGACACCAUUAAUCAUGAAAUACUAUUUAAAAAAAUCGAAAGGUACGGUAUAAGGGGAGUUGCAUUAAAUUGGUUGAAAAGUUACAUGCAUGAAAGGCAGCAGUUUGUACAGAUGGGUGACUAUAAAUCAUCAUUGGCUGACAUUACUUGUGGUGUUCCACAGGGGUCAGUAUUAGGCCCAAUAUUGUUUAUUCUUUACAUCAAUGACAUCUGUAGUGUGUCAAAUGUGUUGAAAUUUGUUUUAUUUGCGGAUGAUACAAAUGUAUUAUGUUCAGGGGAAAAUCUCCAGCAGCUUUUGGAGGUCACCACCACAGAAAUGAGUAAAUUAAAACAUUGGUUUGAUAUAAACAAAUUAUUAUUGAAUUUGAAUAAAACCAAGCUCAUGUUAUUUGGAAACCGUAAAACAGACACACCAGUACAAAUGAUGAUAGAUAAUGUUAACAUUGAAAGAGUAUAUGAAAAUAAAUUUCUGGGUGUAAUACUGAACCACAGAAUCUGCUGGAAACCCCAUAUAAAUUAUGUAAGAACAAAAGUCGCACGGAGCAUCGCAGUCCUGGGAAAAACAAAACACAUUUUGGACCGUAAAGCACUUCAUAUAUUAUAUUGCUCACUUGUACUGCCAUAUAUCAACUACUGUCUAGAAAUUUGGGGUCAUACUUAUAAAAGUAAUCUAAAACCAUUAUGUAGUUUCCAAAAAAGAGCCAUUAGAAUUGUUAACAAGGUAGGAUACCUGGAUCACACAAACAUACUGUUUUUACAAUCACAUGUUAUGAAGCUCAUGGACCUUGUUGAAUACAAAACUGCACUGAUUAUGUUUAGAGCAAGACACAGGCUUUUGCCAGGUAAUAUACAAAAGAUGUUCAGUGAUAAAGAGGGGGGUUACAAUUUGAGACGAGAGCUUAAUUUCAAGGUACAUUUUGCUGGUUCAACAUUGAAAACGAUGUGCAUUUCAGUUGUGGAGUGAGUUUGUGGAAUCGACUGAGCAUGGAGGUUCAGCGAAGUCCAAACCUGAAUAAUUACAAGAAGGCAUAUAAAAAUAUUAUUUUCAAGAGGUAUUCAGAUGAGGAGGGUCUGUGUUGACCUAUUGAGUCAACACAGCCCUGUUUUCAGUUUUCAAUGGGUUGGUCUGAAUAAUUUUAUCCCUGAUACUACUGCAGUCAUUUAAACUAUUGUAUAUGCAGUAAAGAAAUUUGUGUUGGCAAAAGGGGGGUAGGAGCUCGAUAAGUUUUAAACUUCAUCCUACUCCUUUUCGGACAUUGUUGUUGGUUUUCUUUUCUUCCUGAUUUGUAUUUUAUUGUCUUAUUUGAUUAAAUAAUGUUCGAAAUAAAAUAAAAAGAAAAAAGAAAGAGAAAAAAAGACCAUCGUAAGCCUGCGCGACCACCCUCACAUGAUCUAUGCCUUUUAAUCUUAGCUGUUCUUCAGUUGCAGCAGUUACAGACUCUGCAUCAAAUCCUUUCAGUUCCGGCAUAGCCAGCAAAUGCUCCUUUACACUCCCUUUAGCUACAUAACGGACACAUACAGCUAGCUGCUCAGUGCUGCCAUCUCUAGCCUCAUCUGCCAUGACUGAAAACAUUCCUGCGUCUUUUAUUUCAUAAACAAUAGUUGCAACUAUCUCUUGAGUGCAGCACUGAAUGACUUCAUUUUGGGAUGAAGGUGAUAGAUAUGUACAGUGUGAUGGAGCUGAAUAGGACUGCAGAAAAGGAUCAAACUCUUUCAGGAGAUUAAUACACUCGAGAAAGUUUCCUUGGUUGUCGCUGGAGAUGACCUCAUCAUGGCCACGAAAUGGAAUGUUUUGUUUACCCAAAAACUUUGUAACAGCCACCACCCGGCUGAGGUACUCACGUCUCUCUUUGAUUUCUUUCUCAUUUGCUGAGACUAACUGUUCAACAACACUACAGUGAGCUGCACUGCAUUUAUAGCCAUGCCAGGAGAGCAUGCUUGCCUUAUGGGCAGGUGAUUUCUCAUGCUCUCUACAAAGAUCCAGAGCAUUUUUCCAGUUCUGUAGGCCAGUGUUUACAAAGAUGUCAUGCUUCAAUUGUUUGCCAAAAAUCCUAAAAGAAAAACAAAAGGCUGCAUCUUUAGAUUUGGAGUAUUCCAACCACAUAAAGCUUUCAAACUACUUGGCAUUAAAGGAUCGCUUCUUUACACCAAAGUUUGACUGGGGAUAUUGUGACAAGUUUACUUGGUUUAGGCCAGAAUCCUUUCCCCCUAGAUCACAUGUCCCUCAACAUUGUGGACACUGCUUUUCGGCCUUGCCCCCAGUCUGAUGUUUUCUGCCACUGUGGCAACUGCUUUCUCAGUCUCAUCUCUAGGGUGUGGUCUCUCCUGGCUGUCUGUCUCUUGCUGCCCUUCCUCCUCUCUCUCUUUUUCCCCUGAUUCAGCCAGCUCAAUUUCUCCUACACUCUGCUUCUCCUGCCUGGUCCAACAUACAAAAAAUUGAAUAUGAUUAACUGUCGCCUCAGAUAACCUUUACAACUAACAUUUAUCAAAUCUGCAAGUGGGGUAGUUUACACUAAAUAACUAUCAUCUCUCUGCCUCUGCACUCCGCUCACCUUAGUUUGAAGCAACAUGAAAAUAUUAUUUUUUUGCUGUACAAAUAUGUACAUAGCUUAAAGUCUCCUAUCUGCAUUUUAUAUGAUCUUCAGUUUUCACAUGGGAUUAUAAGAAUAGUGAAAGCUGCUCUGUUUACAAAGUUAUCCCACCCUUCCAGUUCCUUGUGACAAAAAAGUCACCUGACCAAAAAGCAUUCAGUAAGAAACUGGCAGGUUAUUUGUUUUCCAAAAAAUUGUUUUUUGUUUUUCCUCAUAUGGGAGGUUUUGUAUUUCUGCCAUCGAUAUUCAAAAUCAAAUGACUCAGAGGCAAAAAAGAAAAAAAAACAUGAUUGGGACAUUAUUCAUUGAUAGUCAACUCACCUCCGCUCUUGCUCAUCAACUUUCAUCUCUCCCUCACCUCUUCCAGCACUCUGUUGUUCCACUUUGUUUGGACAGACAUGAAAAUAUAUAUAUAUAUAAAAUGUUUUUCUUCUUGAAGAUAGGCCAUUUGAGAACCACUGCACCAUCCAUAGGCUAUAUCUGUCAACUAUCACAAGCUUACUCAAAAUCAUCAUUGAUGCAGAGGUCCUGAGCAGAACCAGCAGACCAUAACCAACAUUAUGUUUCAUGCUGAUGAAACUCACUGGAAAUUCCCCCCACAGCUGUAUAGCAAAUUAAUAUGGUUGUCUUGAUACAAGGAAUAACUUUAGCUAACUUAGCAUUAAUUUAAGACAGACUUAUGUUGCCUAGCUAGCUAGGACUUCACUUACCUCUCUCAUUCCUCGCUGCUUUAUCCCUGCUGCGGGCGAAUAACUUUCUGAUAUCCAUCUAGGAGUUACAGUUCCAGUCAAAUCAAUAUCAAAAUAAUAUAUUUUACAAGUUGUUGUCGGCUAACGUUACCUACCUCACUCAGUGAUUCUCAUCGGCUUCCUCUCUCUCUCUCUCUCUCUCUCUCUCUCUCUCUCUCGCUCUCUCGACUUCGAGUUGACAUGGAAGUAUUAUCAACCGAAGUCGCUACACGUGAAUAAAUUACCAUGUUAAUUAGCCAUGUGCGUAUUGUUUAUGUGGAGUGAAUACAGUAGCACUGAAUUACCAUACUAAAUAGUAUGUGCGCUGUAGUCGAUGCUAUGUAGACUUAAAACUCUGAAGGUAUUUUUUUUUUAUUGGUGAAAUUUUCACUCGGGCACUGCAGAUCAAUACUGGGGCACGUGCCCGAGUGAAAACUGUCUGGCGACGCCGCUGCUCAAGCCCAACCUAAAACACCCUCAAAAUUUAGUGUCCUCUUUUUGGGGAUUCAGAAUAUGGUCACCCUAAUAUAACUCAAGAAGACACUAUGAAACAAAACACCAAAACAGGUAACAUCUGGAUCUGCAAAAAAGGCAGCAAAAGGCUGCUACAGGACAUAUUGGUUUUUCUCACAAGUAAAAAAAAUUUGGGAUCUUGUUGGCCUGUAGAAAAAGUAGAAAGAGUUAAAAAUUAAUCCAGAAAAGUUGCAGAAAGAGCUUUAGAAAUAAAAUACAUGUUUUUUCUUCAAUUUAAUGUUUAAUGUUGUUGUUUUUAGGUACAAACUGACUUAUAAGCUUUGUUAGUUCCAGGUUCAAGUAUCGACUACUGUGCAUCACAGAGUGGCAAGCUGAGCUUUAAUGCAUGCUUCAUUUUUGCACUUUUUUUCUUGCUGCUACAGACAUUUAAUUUUUCUCUGAAUUAUCUUUUUGCCCGUUGUUGGCCUGUGGGGAAAUGUUUUAUUAGAAAUAACUAUGGAAAGCUCCAGAUAAAGAGUGAAUACACCAGAUUUUUUAAAGGUUUGAAAGCUUUGUUCAUUUCAGGUUCAGUUCAUGCAACAAGGUCAUUUGCAAGUUCUCAGGAAACAUUGAACCAGUCUAGCCCAUCACUUGGACAAGCUUUUUUUAAUUUUGGCCCACUGUGCAUUUGAGUUUGACACCCCUGACUUGGAGUGUUGUGUAGCGUUUGAGUGAAAACAAAACAACAUCAGAAAGCCAACUUCAUUUCUGUGUUUGAUGAAAAAUGGCAUAAACCUCAUUAGUGGAUGGUCCUGAUUUGUACAUGUACAUAUGAUGCAAUUAUUUUAUGUAAAAACUAUCUUGUAAAUAGGCAAAUAUGGUGAUUUGCUAUUUGGUCAUUUUUGACUGGACACAUAGGCAGAUAACAUGUUUAUACAGUGGACAAAAGCGGGUAAAAAUAUAAAAACCCAGAUACAGUCCCAAACUGUUGUUGUGACAGCCUGUAAACACUUUUAUUUCAGCUGUAAACAUUUUGGUGGAUAUGUUUGUCUUUGCUGUAAACAUGUUUGUAAACAUGUAAAUUUCAGCUGUAAACAUGUUUGUUUGGACUGACUCACUGUUGGACACAGCCUUUGGUGGACACUGGUGGACCUGACAUUAUGCAUGUUGCUGCUUGGUUGUUUUGAAGGUGGUUUAUUAAUGAAGUAUUUUUCUGGUUUAUCGAUCAUUUCUCAAACAUCAGGUAAUGUCUGUCAAGUUAAACACAUGUAUAAGUUUGGCAAGCUGUAGUUCAUGUCCAUCCUGAUUGUUAGUCUGUUCAAUCUCAGCAGUAGAAGAAGAAAAGCCUCAUACUUAAUGUCUGUCCUUCCAGCUGGUUCAAAGAUGACGAGCAGAUCCUCACCUCCAUCCCGGGGUACAUUGUUAUGAAGGACAGAGACCUCCGCAUUGUUGCCAAUGAGUUCAAUGAGGGCGUGUACACCUGCCGCAUCCACCGCCGGGGAGACAUUGUGUCAGCCAACUCUUGGGCCAUCCGCCUAAAACCAGAGCAGCCGUUCAACAGCUGAGGAAACUAAGGCGGGGAUGGAGAUGAGGACAAAAAACACAUCUAAAGGAAAGGACGGAGACAAGAUGGAGGACACCAGGGAUAAAAAACAAAACCAUAAGGGAUGAUGGGGUACAAACUGAUAAAAGCCCUGAGGUCGAACAGAACAUAUCAAAGACUCACACAAUCAAAGACAAGGACAAACAUGAAGACAGACAUGGAUGUGGGCAGACAUGUUUAUAGACAGAUAUGUAUUGACAGACGUGGAUGUGGACAGACGUGUGUGGACAGACAUGUUUAUAAACAAAUAUGUAUGGACA